CACUUUUCAUUUUGCAAUUGACAACACCACCACACCACAACACGACGACGACCAACAUGUCUGUUUGUACGUUCAACGACUGCACCAACCACGCGAUUCCUGGCUCGGUCAAGUGCUCAUUUCAUAAAAACAGGCGCCAAUGCAAGUCCAAGGACUGCAACAACCAAGUGUACGCGCGGAACCUGUGCGUACGCCACGGCGGCAAGAAGCAAUGCCACUAUGACGGGUGCGACUCGUAUGCCCGCGGCGGCAACUACUGCAUCCAGCAUGGGGGAAUCGUAGUCAAACGAUUUUGCAGCGUCGAAGGAUGUGCCAAACAGGCGCAUGCCAAGCAGCUGUGCGUCCGCCACGGCGGCGGCCGCCUCUGCCGCACCACCGGCUGCCAGCACCACGCGCGGGAAGGCGGAUUGUGCCACAAACACAACCAAAACAGCAACCCCCAUGCAUUGACAACGACUGUCAAGGCCGAAGUGCGCACCCCAACGACGGAUGCAGUGACGCCUUUUACGGCGUCUACCCACGUUGAUUUGGACCAGCUCACGCCGUUGCCUCUCCUCACCGACGUCGAUUUCGUCUUGCCCGAUCUGGCGUCUAACAUGUACAGCAAGUGGCUGCAGCUGACGCAAGACGUUCUCUGGACGUUGCAUCCCGACUUGAUGGGCAUUUCCUACGCCGGGUUGCUGCCUGCCGCCAUGACGACUGCCUCGCCUCCCAUGCCCCCGCCAUUCGUUCCAAAGUUGCCACCGACGUACGACCUUGUGGAUUCUACCAAGGACAUGUCGUUCGACCCAUUCACUCUCCCGCACGACCCGUCGUCGUCGUCGUCGUCGACCAACCUCCUCUUUGACUUGUUUGCCCUCGACAACGACCUCCUGAACGCGCACGAUAUGUUUUCAGUGUCGGGCGUGUUGGCCUAGAACGCCGACACAAUCCAACGCCGCCGCCCUUCAAAAGUCGCGUAUUUAUUACCACAGACAGUACAAUAACACCAUUCGUAUCUAUUUAUAUCGAUUAUAUCCCGUCGUUCUGGUUGCCACCACCACCUUCAGCUCCACCUCGCAACAUGAAUGGCGG